UCCAUACGCUCCGUUCGAAAGUGGAACUGCCGGCGAAAGCAACCCAGAGAAAGCUCCUGCCCCAAAAAGUCCCAUUUCUCCCCAGAGCCAACAACAAAAGCACCAGCAAAAGAGUUAAUAAAACAUUAAUAAAAUACGAGAAACAAAUAUAUUUUUGUAGUAAAUGUAGAAAUAAUAAAAACAAAACAAACAGAGUAAAUCAAAAGAAACAAAUGCAAUGCAAAGUGCGCGAGUGCUAGAUCAAGAAGAACUGCUUUAAGUGUGCAAAAAUAUGUGACAUAAAUUACAGGCCCGAAAUUAGUUGAAACAAAAUCUGUUAAACAUUUGCCAUGUGCCAUAAAUUAACGUGAAUACAUUGUUGUUACACGAAAGGAACUGCGCAGCAAAAUAUGCUAGAAAAACGUAUGAAAAGAGCUACAGUAGCGGCCAUAAGUGUAAGCAGCAUGCUGCAAUAAUAAUUUAAAUAAAAACAGCAAUAACAGCGGCAGCAACAAGAGGAAAAGCCAACAGCCAGAGAAUGCACUAGCCCCGGCCGACGAGUGGACCCUGCUGAUCCCCCAACUGACUCGGAGGAGCUCCUCUCCUGCUCCUCUGGCUCCUAUCUUCCCUCUUCCUUAGAGCCACGCAGAAGAAGCACCCGAAAGGCAACAUGAAUAUUGGCGUGGCACCAACGAAAUGGGAUAAAUUGUCGCCGCGCGAGUUCCUGCAGCUGCAGGAGUUGGCCUCAUAUUCCACACGCAAGCUGCAGGAUGUGCUCCGGGAGUUUUGCUCGCCCAGUGCCCCCUCGGCCACGCCCAAAUGCAUACCAGAUGGGGACAUCGAUUUCGAUGGGUUCAAGCGCUUCCUGGACGCAUUCCUCGACUGCGAGGCGCCGCUGGACCUGGCCAAGCAUUUGUUUGUUUCCUUCCUCAAGCCGACUGUCACCCAGGCCCAGCUGCACGGGAAGGCCCUCAAUCAAAUGGCCGCCAUCAGCAGUACGGCUGCCUGUGCACCCGUCACGUCCCAUACGAAGGGCUCCAUUCCGAACAUCAAUAGCAUUGCGGAUCUGAUGCCGCAGUGCAGUGCAGGCGGGAGUGGAGGCGGGGGCGGAGGUGAGGUCCAGACCCAGGCACGCAUCAGCUUCGUGGAUAAAAUCCAUGGCAUCACCGACAAACUACAGCACUCGCUGGGCGGACAUCUCUCGCACGAUCCCAGCAAGACGGGCAGCGUUCAUCCGAUUCUGACGGUGACGCCCAGUCCUCUGGCCAGCGGUCCCAGCAUGUUCCAGGCGAGCAAUCCGUCCCGCCGCUCCGUGGACUCGAGCCCCUCGCACUCCCAGACGAACCACUCGCAAAUGUCGCGCAAUUCCUCGAAGAAGAGCAGCAAUUCCGUUAAUUGCAAAAUUGAUACGGACAUAAAGCUCUUGGCGCGGAAACUUUCCCAUUUUGAUCCACUGACACUUAAGGUUGCGCUCAAGGAUGUCGUCUGCUAUUUAUCACUGCUCGAAGCUGGGCGGCCGGAGGACAAGCUGGAAUUCAUGUUCCGGCUGUACGAUACGGACAGCAAUGGAGUCCUGGACACCGCCGAAAUGGACGCCAUUGUCAAUCAGAUGAUGGCCGUGGCCGAAUACCUCGGCUGGGAUGUCAGCGAGCUGCGGCCGAUACUGCAAGAUAUGAUGGUUGAAAUUGACUACGACGCCGAUGGCACCGUUUCCCUGGAUGAGUGGCAGCGCGGUGGCAUGACAACCAUUCCACUCCUCGUGCUCUUAGGUGUCGACAGCACCACACUCAAGGAGGACGGCAUUCACGUGUGGCGCUUGAAGCACUUCAGCAAGCCGGCUUACUGCAACCUGUGCCUCAACAUGCUGGUGGGCCUGGGGAAGAAGGGUCUCUGCUGUGUGUUGUGCAAAUACACGGUCCACGAACGAUGCGUGCAGCAUGCCCCAGCUUCCUGCAUCAACACAUACGUGAAGUCGAAAAAGCCUAAGUGCGGCGGGGACCUGCUGCACCACUGGGUGGAGGGCAACUGCUACGGACGCUGCUCGAAGUGCCGCAAGCGCAUUAAGGCCUACCACGGGAUCACAGGCCUCACCUGCCGAUGGUGCCACAUGAUGCUCCACAACCGCUGCGCCUCGUCGGUGAAGAAGGAAUGCACACUGGGGGAGAACGCGGAGCUGGUUGUACCGCCCACGGCCAUCUGCCCGGCCGUCCUGGAUCGUCAGCGCUCCGUCAAUCAGGCGCACAAGAAAUCCCAAAUGCAUCACCACCAGGCCACGCAUUUUCAAAUUACGCCGCCGGACGAGCUGAGUUGCCCCCUCCUGGUGUUCGUCAAUCCCAAGAGCGGCGGCCGGCAGGGGGAUCGCAUCCUGCGGAAAUUCCAGUACAUGCUGAACCCCCGCCAGGUGUACGACCUGUCCAAGGGUGGACCCAAAGAAGGCCUCACGCUCUUCAAGGAUCUGCCCAACUUCAAAGUCAUCUGCUGCGGCGGCGAUGGCACCGUGGGCUGGGUGCUCGAGGCCAUGGAUUCCAUCGAGCUGGCCACUCAACCUGCCAUCGGCGUCAUUCCGUUGGGAACGGGCAACGACCUGGCCCGCUGCCUGCGCUGGGGCGGCGGCUACGAGGGCGAGAACAUCCCCAAGCUGAUGGAUAAGAUCAAGCGUGCCACCACCGUGAUGCUGGAUCGCUGGAGCAUCGAAGUGACCAACACACCGGCAACGGACGAGCUCCGACCCAAGGUGACGCUGCACUCGAACAUGCAGAAGGUGAUUGAGCUGUCGCAAAGUGUUGUGGUUGACAAAUCGCUGAUCGAACGCUUCGAGGAGAUUCAGGAGAUUGAGCGCCAGAGCAGCAGCAGCAGCACCGGCAACAUCGUUGGACAGCAGCCAACGGCGUCCACAUCUGCCACAUCGAUUAUGAUGGCAACAGCCACCGAGUUCCGGCUGGCGGAGGAGGAGCAGAAGUACCAUCAGCAGCUGCGGCAGCAGGAUGGAGGUGGAGACAGCACCACCACCACAAUGAGAACGACAACCACCAAGAGCAUUUCAAUGUCCACGUUCGAAUCGAAGAGCAUGAGGACAACAUUGAGGGGCACGCUGAGCAGCAGGAGCAGCAGUAGCAACACCAGCAGCGGUGGAAAUGUACAGCCACAGCCAUCCAUGGAAGGGGAGCCGGAUGCUGAGGGGGAUGCGGAUGGCGCGAUGGUGCCGGGUGCUGGAGAUGCAGCUGGAGAUGAAGCGGAAACCCUGCAAAUGCCAGCCAGAAGGACAGAUGAAACAGAAAAGCAAUCACUCGAGACGCUGCUGCUGCAACACAAGCAGCAACAGCAGAAGCAGCAGCAACAACUUCAACAGGAAUUGGCAUCGGAUGCUGGAGAGGAAGUAGCAACAGCAGCAUCAUUUGGGAAUAAUCAAAGCGAUAAUAACAGUCAGCGCAAUAAGCAAAACAACAUCCUUAAACAGCAAAUUACAUUGUCAUUGGAUUUGUCGGACCAUGACGACGACAACGAAGAAGAGGUGGACGGCAACUGCAACAGCAACAGCACAGGCAAUGGCAAUGGCAAUGGCAGAGUGGCCCAGAACCCCAGCACACCGCAAACACCCAUCACACCCAUCACGCCGACAACACCGAAUGCCCCAUGCAGCAUGCCCCAGAAGCCCAUCAAAGUUCAGUCUGACAAGGACUGCACAGUGCCGUAUAAUAUUAUCAACAAUUAUUUCUCCGUCGGCGUGGAUGCCGCCAUCUGCGUCAAGUUUCACUUGGAGAGGGAGAAGAACCCGCACAAAUUCAACAGCCGGAUGAAGAACAAACUUUGGUACUUCGAAUAUGCAACGUCUGAGACGUUUGCAGCAUCCUGCAAGAAUCUCCACGAGAGCAUCGAGAUUGUGUGCGACGGUGUGGCCUUGGACCUUGCCAACGGGCCCCAUCUGCAGGGAGUGGCCUUGCUCAACAUCCCCUACACCCACGGCGGCUCCAACCUGUGGGGUGAGCACCUGUCCCAGAAACGGAUGCGGAAGAGCGCUGGACCCUUUGGCAAAAGCAAGAAGCUCAAGUCCAGCGACAAAGAGUUCUCGGCCACCAGUUUCAACUCCGUGGAUCUUUCGGUGGCUAUACAGGAUAUCGGUGAUCGCCUGAUCGAAGUUAUUGGCCUCGAGAACUGUCUGCACAUGGGCCAGGUGCGGACGGGUCUGCGCGCCUCCGGUCGCCGUCUGGCGCAGUGCAGUGAGGUCAUAAUCAAGACCAAAAAGACCUUUCCCAUGCAGAUCGACGGCGAGCCCUGGAUGCAGAUGCCGUGCACGAUUAAGGUGACUCACAAGAACCAGGUGCCCAUGCUGAUGGCCGCCAGGUCGGAGAAAGGACGCGGCUUCUUCAAUAUGCUGUGCAGCUGAUUCAGGCGCAGCGCAUCGACCGACUUCAUGGGCCGACAGGCCGCAGAGUCAGCCGAUGAGCUGGAUGACGAUGAAUUUCGGAUCGUGACUAGGAGCACCACCGUCCAUAACAUAGCCUAGCGUACAUAGCUUUAGCCCCAGAUAGCAACUGCUCGUCUCGAUUACUUACUGGUUUACUUAAAAUUCUUUAUUUCGAUAUACAGACAUAUAGAUGUGCUUAUGAUGUAUUGUAUUUAUAUGUCGAGUGAGUUGCAGAGCUUUACUACUAGUCUUAGUGUAGCCAAAUAUACAAAACCAGUCGAAUCCAUUCCA